AUUUUUUUUUUUUUUUUUUUUCAAUUGUAAAUUUGGCGCACAUUAUUUUAUUUAUUUAUUUUUGUCUGUACACACUGUGACUAUUAUUGACAUUAUUACAUGUCAUAAUAUUUUUUUCGAAAAAAAUUAAUUCUGUAGAAAAAAAGCGAUAAUUAUUAUUAACAAAAAUAUUCAUGAUUAUUUAGAUGAAAAAAAUUGAUUAGUGAAUAUUGUUUUUAUUAUAAAAAAAAAAUAUGAAUAAUUGAAUAAUGUUUUUUCUCAAUAAAUAAAUAGCAAUUUGACACAUUUUAAAUAAAAAUAGUAAAAAAAAUAAAAUAAUGAAAUAUAUAUAUAGGUAUAUUAUUAUAAUUAAAAUAAAUAGGAUGAAUUAAUAAUGAUGAUGAUGAUGAUUUGGCAAAUGAUAAAUGUAAUGUGUAAAUUGUACACAGUAUAAUAAAAAAAAAAUUAUGUUUAAAAACAACAUUCUUACUUGGUUGAUGAUUCGUUGAUAAACAAACUAAAAUAUUCACGAAUCCAAAAAUAGUGUGACAAGUUCGGAGCACUACGUACUCCUCUCUCUCCCACUACUCUUCAUAUCAUCUCAAUAAUUCUUACCAAAUAUGUAGAGCCAAAAGCUCCAAAAGCUUUUUUUUUUUUUUUUCAUUUAUUAUUAUUAAUUAUUAUUGAUGUUUAGGAGUAAAAAAAAUUUCUAUAAUUAAUUUCAAAUGAAAAAUACUGGUUGAUACUUGUUGAUGAAAAAAAAAAAUAAAAUGAAUUCAACAACAAUGUGUUUGUAAAAGCUAAAGAAUGUUGUAGCAGUAUAGAUAUGUGCAUUAAUAUUUUUGAGCUUUUCCGUUGAGCGUGGGUGGAAAAAAAAAUGUGGGUGGACCCAUUGGUCACCCCUGGAGACUCUGGCGUGCCCAUCUUCGGUAGCAGGCGUGUGAGAGCGCGGACGUUAUAUCUGCUCGUUGAUUCCUCCAGAGCUCAGCUGCAUCUCAGACGUGCGUCAAUUCACAACUCGCCCUUUCACGAAAUAAUAAAUAAGCAUCAAAAUGUGUGACGACGAAGUAGCUGCUUUAGUUGUAGACAAUGGAUCCGGUAUGUGCAAAGCCGGUUUCGCUGGAGAUGACGCACCACGUGCUGUCUUCCCAAGCAUUGUUGGACGUCCCCGUCAUCAGGGAGUCAUGGUUGGUAUGGGACAAAAAGACUCAUACGUCGGUGACGAAGCCCAAAGCAAAAGAGGUAUCCUCACAUUGAAAUACCCAAUUGAACAUGGUAUCAUCACCAACUGGGAUGAUAUGGAAAAAAUCUGGCAUCACACUUUCUACAAUGAACUCAGAGUUGCACCAGAAGAGCACCCAGUACUUCUCACUGAAGCACCACUCAAUCCAAAAGCCAACAGAGAAAAGAUGACCCAAAUUAUGUUUGAAACAUUCAACAGCCCAGCCAUGUAUGUUGCCAUCCAAGCUGUUCUUUCAUUGUACGCUUCAGGUCGUACCACUGGUAUUGUUUUGGACUCUGGUGAUGGUGUCUCACACACUGUACCAAUCUACGAAGGUUAUGCUCUUCCCCAUGCCAUCCUCCGUUUGGAUUUGGCUGGUCGUGAUUUGACCGAUUACCUCAUGAAGAUUCUCACCGAAAGAGGUUACUCAUUCACCACAACAGCUGAAAGAGAAAUUGUACGUGAUAUCAAAGAGAAACUUUGCUAUGUUGCCCUGGACUUUGAACAAGAAAUGGCCACAGCUGCAGCAAGUACCUCACUCGAAAAGAGCUACGAGCUUCCCGACGGUCAAGUCAUCACCAUUGGUAACGAAAGAUUCCGUUGUCCAGAAGCCCUCUUCCAACCAUCAUUCUUGGGUAUGGAAUCAUGUGGAAUCCACGAGACCGUCUACAACUCAAUCAUGAAAUGUGAUGUCGAUAUCCGUAAGGACUUGUAUGCCAACAAUGUCUUGUCUGGUGGUACCACAAUGUACCCAGGUAUUGCUGAUCGUAUGCAAAAAGAAAUUACAGCUCUUGCUCCAUCAACAAUCAAGAUCAAGAUCAUCGCACCACCUGAAAGAAAAUACUCCGUCUGGAUUGGUGGUUCCAUCCUUGCUUCAUUGUCCACCUUCCAACAGAUGUGGAUCUCAAAACAAGAGUAUGACGAAUCCGGUCCAGGAAUCGUCCACCGCAAGUGCUUCUAAGUUAUCUAAUUUAUUAGAAAAAUUAGAAGGUCCAAGAAAGAUAAUAAUAUCAAUUGUCUUUCUUAGCUACCUUCAAGGAAUCAUUUUCAUAUAUUCAUCAUUAAAAUAUCAUUCAUAUAUAAAUCAUCUCUAUCAUUCAGCGCGCUACAAGCGUGCCUCAACGACCUUGUGUUCAAGAUGCAAUUUUGAGGACGGCGACAACAACAAACAACAAACACAUCUGCUCUACAUUGCAGCGUGUUACUUAAUUAAUGAUUUUUGACUCAACAAAAUAUCUUUGGAUUUUCUUGAAACUAAUAAAUUAAAUAAUUAUAAAAUAUAUAUUACAUAAUAACACUCAAAUGACACCCAGGAGACUGAACCUGAUAUUUAUAUAUAUAUAUAUUUCGUAAAAAUAAAAAACAUAAACGAAACGGCCUGCCUGAGUCUUUGGAUGAAUAAAAAACCCUCGACAUUCCUCUGGUUAAUGUUCGAGUCAAUAUCAUUAUUUGGUAAAACACGACGCUUUUAAUUUCUGUAAAGUACGAGUUGAUCUCUCACGUCUGUUGUUUAUCACAAAAAAUUAUAAUCGAAAAAAAAAAAGAAAAA